AUGAAAUGAUGUAUUGCCGAUUACGCUAGUUUUUAUAUACAAGAUUUACAAUAUGAACGUUUCAAAUUACGCGUGGAAUAAGGAAGAAUUAAGGCUGAUUGCAGCUAUGAAGAAACAUCCAGAAUAUUGUUCAUCUACAUAUAAAUCACGAUUAGAAAUAGAACGAAUGUGGCGCAAGAUAUCUAAACUAACUAAUAUUCCGGAAUCUGUAUGCCGCUCAAAAUGGUCUAGAAUAAGAAGAAAAUACAUAAACGCAGUGAAUAAAAAUGUCAGUGCUGUCCGAACGAAAUACCUCGACGGCAGAUUAUCGUUUUUAAGGAAAUAUGUUGCAGAUAAAAUUGAUGUUUCUUUACAAUCAAACAAUAAUGAAGUAUUAGAUGAAGGCCUGAGUAAUAAAACGGGUUUAAUUGCGUUAGACUUGAAAACCAUAGAUGAUGUUUUGUCUGAACGUGAAGAACAAGCAGAUAUUGACAAGGCCCAUUUAGACAAAAUUUUAAAACUAGUAUCUAAACGAAUAGACGAAUCACUGGCAUCAUAUUCACAUUUAAUUAUAAAUGAACCAGCAAAUAUAGAACCUGAAACAGCAAUUGAUAUUGAAAGUGAUGUCGAAGUGUUUAAUGAUUCGAACUUCAAAUCUGAGUCUCGAUCGCCUAAAGGUGAUGAUUUAGAUGAAGAUUCCUCUUCACUUGACGAUGAAAUGCGAAUUUACGUUCGUGCAUUUUCACCAACCACAUCAAAAAAGAAACGCUAUCAAAACAUAUCUUUUCCAGUGGCAGAAACAUCAUCUGUAAAGAGAGAGGAAAAUACAGAGACUAUAUUCGAUAUAUAUCAAAAUUCUGAUACUAAUACUUUUUGUCAAGAAUUAGGACGAUACAUGAAGAAGUUUUCUGUAACCAAGCAAGAUGAGCUUCGUUUGAAAAUCUGUUGUUUGGUGACUGAAUUUGAAUUAGAUGAAAUUGAGUAGAAUUUUGUUUGAUUGUUAUUAUAACUUAGGUCAUUUGUUUUAUAAAACUGUUUAUUUCAAUUAACUGUACAUAAUUCCACUUGACACUACCUUAUACCUAGUUCCUGUUCUACUUAGUCUAAUUCAUCAAUUUUUAUGCAAGAUUGAUUUUGAUUGUCACAUAUGUACAUAAGUAUAUAUACUUCAUCACGUUUUUAUCCCUUACGGGGUAGGUAGGUAGGGUAUACAGAACCACAAUCUUAAAAAUAUUGUCAGCCCACGUUCUGCUGUAUGGCAAAUUCACAAUUUACUAUGUAUA